GUUUGGUUAGAUUUAAAUCAAACGAGAGUGAGGUUAUGUACGACUUUGUUUACAAAACAAACGCUGAAGAAAUCAAUUAAAAUCCCGAAAACUCAUUAAAAAAAAUUGUGAAAUGGCAGAUGAUGAACAAAGUAUUCCUGUUAAAGAACCCCUGGACCUUAUCCGAUUGAGUCUGGAUGAGAAAAUCUACGUGAAAAUGCGAAAUGAAAGGGAGCUUCGGGGCCGAUUGCAUGCCUUCGAUCAACACUUGAACAUGGUUCUGGGAGAUGCAGAGGAGACAGUGACUGUAUGUGAGGUCGAUGAGGAGACCUACGAGGAGGUCUACAAGACAACUAAGAGAACAAUUCCCAUGCUCUUUGUGCGUGGAGAUGGUGUUAUUCUUGUUUCCCCGCCCAUGAGGGUUGGAGGAUAGAUUUUCUUUUCAAUAAAAUAGUUCACAAAGCGGA